CGGCAGACUGACAGAAGGACGCUCCAGCUCUCAGCAGACCUCCCAGCACAGACAUGUCCGACGUUUUCUACGAUAAGAACAGGCAGAAGGUGAACUGUGUACUCGGCCCCAUUUAUCAUCUCACAACUCCCCAGAUUUAUCUUGUGAUCCUUUGGAGGGGACCGGCCCCUAGGCAAAAUGAUGUUGUUGGAGUGUUUCAUCUUUGGGAUGAUCGCCUCUCUGAUAACAGGAGCUCGAUGUAAGGUAACAGAGGUGUUUGCUGAAGCAGGCUCUCAGGCUGUACUACCUUGUAAAUCUAGCUCCACAUCGCUUGCUUCCCCUUUCAUCAUCUGGAGUAAAGCCAACAAGGGCACUAUUUGGAGAAAGCAAAAGAGUGGUCUGCAGUACUGGGGUUCUAGCUGGUCACAGAAAGGGAUCCAACGUGUACAAUGCCCCAACUCCCUGUUUGAAAGAGGCGACUACAGCCUGCAUAUCAACAACGUGAGGGAGGAGGAUGGAGGGGUUUACUCCUGCAGCGUGGAAAAUGGAGUCCAAGUUGUUGAAAACGUGGUCAUGCUCAGAAUCAUGAUAGUGUCCUUCUCUCUAUCGGUUCCCAUACUGGGGAAGGAUGUUUCAGUCACUUGUAACGUGACUCCCUGGCCUCAUGGGGCUUCUGUGCAUUGGAUGUUGAACAACAGCCCAUUUGUGCCUCAGACUGGAAUCUCCUCAAACAGAGACACCUCUAAAAUCGUUGUGAGGGUAAAGGCAACUGCGAGGCUGACAGGAAACUGGACCUGUGUGGUGGGCUACAAGGGCAGCGAGGGGCGAGCUUCAGCAACUCUGUCUGUAAAAGGAAUCAUCAAACCACCCAAUGACAACACCAAGGUGUAUGCUUCAGUGGGAUCUGCAGCCGCACUCCCCUGUGUCUUCUCCAAUGAUUUAGUCCCCUCUUUACCAGUCUGGGAGAAACUGCAACCUGGGUCUCUUUUUAAACCUGCUCCCGGCCGCCUUCCUAGCUCUUUCUCUCCAUCCUCACAGUCGUCUCAACUCGCUUGGGACAAGUCUGCCAGUUUGAAAGCGGUUGAGUUUAAGGAUGAGGGCAGGUACAGAUGCUCUGGGACUGUACAAGGACAAAGGCUGAGUCGAAAUAUCCAGCUCAUCGUUGCCAAAAUUGACAGCAGCGUCCCGUCCAAGAAAAAAGGCUCUGUGACGCUGACCUGCCAACUGUCCGAUGCGAGUGAGGUCACCGACUAUGAGUGGGUUCAUGUGACCUAUGACCUCAAUGGCACCCAGUCAGUUGGGUUCAUCCAGAAAGGGAAGACUCUGAGUAUCAGCCAGGGGUCAGAGGAAAACCAGGGCGAAUGGGCAUGUCGGUUCUCUGGCAAAGAAGGCAUUUUGGGAAACGUAACAUACCAUGUUCAACUGAUGAGUGGUCUGAAUGGACAAAAAUCGAAAGGUUUCUCACAUAACACUGCCGCGGUGGUUGGGCUCAGCUUUCUCCUCUUUGUUCUGCUACUGAUUCUGGCUCAGAUGUACAAGAACCAUCAAAGGAGGAAAAGGAUCUUUCAGUACCCUGCGCUGGAGACGAUUGUUCAUACCAUCUCCAAUGAGCGGGAGGAGAGAGAAAGGAACCGAGCGAAAAAGUAAAGACACAUUAAAGGCAGAAGCAUCGCAGGAAAAAAUUUCAAAGUCUUAAAGUGAAAUCUUUCUUCUUCAUGCCUGCAGUAUUUUAGGAGACUUUUGUUUGCACAGGUUAUGUAAAUAUUUUCAGAGCAGACAUUGUAGCAGUACUUUUGUCAUUGUCUUAAU